UCAGGUUUCAAUGAAUAGUCAUAAUGUUAAGAUAAGGAGGUGAAUAUAUGAUCUUAAAAGGCAGAAGACCAAGGUGCUGUCAAAAUGAAUUCACACGCUGUGUUGCUAAUUGGCUUUUCUGUUUCUCUGCUUUUUGUAUCAGCGUUAUCGGGUGGUGACCAUAAACGUUUCUUAUGGAAUACAGGCACAAGAGUAUUGAAAGACGAAUGUAAAUUGUGCAAGUGUUAUAAUGAGUGUAACCAUGGAAACUUAGCUGAGCUUCGCAAUUGUGAUGUAGCUUUCCCUCACAUCAGGUGCUCAGAGGUAAAUCGAUGUACUUGCUGUGACAGUCAUCCAAACCAUAUGCCAUGUUUAAACGGAGGAACAUGUCAAAAUACAGGAGGAGGUACAUUCACUUGCGCAUGCAUGCCUGGAUACAGCGGCUAUAGAUGUGGCAAUAAUGCAUCUACUCUAAGUGGACAUGAUCACUGCUCAAGUAACCCUUGUGCAAACGGAGCCACCUGCAACAAUGGUCCAAACGACUACAUCUGUCAGUGCCAAACAGGAUGGACUGGAAAUAACUGUGAUAAAGCAGAUCUGACAACUAAUCUGUGUGCAAGCAGUCCAUGUAAGAAUGGCGGGAACUGUACUAAUCAUCUAAAUAAUUAUAUGUGUAUGUGUGCCGCCGGCUGGACAGGAACUAACUGUGAGACUGACGUCGAUGAGUGUGCCAACGGACAAACAUGUAAAAAUGGAGCUACUUGCACGAACACUCCCGGUCACUACUUGUGCAGUUGUGUGCUUGGAUGGACAGGACAAAAUUGUGAUUUAGAUGCUUGUCAUAUCAAACAGUGUGGUUCCCAUGGAGACUGUGUCCACCAGGACACCUUUCCGUUUUACCACUGCAACUGCACAGACGGCCAUUUUGGAAGUCAUUGUGAAUUGAGAGCCUGUGACAUUAAACCAUGCCAUAAUGGAGGAAGUUGUAUCUCUUUGGACAAAAACCCAUACUUCCGGUGCGAAUGUCCUGAUGGGUACAGUGGCGACACAUGUUCAUCGAUAAUUACCUGGUCAGACUGGUUUUAUGGCGCAUGUUCGGUGACCUGCGGGACAGGCACACGUGAGCGUAUACGGAAAUGCAGCACUGGACAUGAUGAAGAUUGUAAAGGUCUAUCUAUGGAAAGAACUACAUGCAGUCAAAACCCAUGCACACGUUCUUUGGAAUGAAAUGACACUGUACCCUUUGAAAGAGAGUCGAGACGUGACUGGGAAACUAUUUCAUAUUAAUAAACAAGUGUUUGUUUUGUUCGUAAGAUUGAAAACCACUUAAUUUUCCCAUGAAUUAAAACUACAUAACAAAUUGAA